AUGACGAUGCUUGCCCUGGGGAUUCUACUCUUCAUUUCUAAUGUAGCAUGUCAAAUUUCUCAUAGUCAAACAAACAAUCCCUUGAUACCUUUUAUCCUAAAGGAGAUCGCGAGCGGGAGUUUGGAGGGACGAUCACUUCUCCUACGUCUACGGCGGAUAAACCAUGCUCGGAAUCGUCUACAUCCAAACCUGAGGACCGGUCUCAUACCUAUAGACGAACUCAUCCAAGCAGUUUUUAAUUCCUCAGCCUUCAACUCAACAGUACCAUUUGGUGCACCUGUUCUGGCUCGGGGAGGAAAUUCUAUCCUAUUUGACGGAGAUGUGAUCAUACCACUGGACGAGUUCGCAAAGAUUCGACGAAAUGUGGGCACACGGAGGGGUAAACGAGCUGCCAUCAAGGAUACAAAGAAGUAUUGGCCGAAUGGAAUAGUCUUCGUUAUGAUAGGUGUCGGUGGCUUCAGUCAGCGGGACAAACAAAGUAUAGCUGCAGUUUUUAAUGAAAUUUCCGAGAGGACCUGUAUUUGUUUCCGGAUUCUGGGGAAAGCAAAUCCCUAUGUACCACAUGUCCGUAUAACAGAUAAUUUAGGGUGUGCUUCCUAUGUAGGUGUGCUAAGACACCCGGACGGCACUUUCGGGCAGAUAUUGAGUUUAGCUCUAGGAUGUAGAAUCCAUAGAAUCAUUAUGCACGAGUUUUUGCACGCCCUUGGACUGUACCACGAACAAUCACGACCUGACCGGGAUUAUUACGUAGAGGUUAGACGAGGCAACAUUCAACCCCAGUGGUAUUAUGCUUUCCAUAAAUAUGGUCAUGAUGUUAUCGAUUCUAGAUCGAUAAAAUACGACUACCUAAGUGUGAUGCAUUAUGGCAAUAAGUUUUUCAGUAAGAAUGGCGGAUACACAUUAGUGCCGAUACCGGAGACGAACAAACAGAAGUACCUCAAUGUAAUAGGAAGAGUACCAACUAUGAGUAGAAGGGACGAAGACAUUAUCAAUAGAAUGUAUCGAUGUCCUCCGAGAGAACCACUGGAUGUUUGCUCGGAAUAUCCCUACAGAAUUCCAUGA